GAAAUCAGUCGCUAAACAAAUCUCGUGCCAAACACAACCGAACAAAUGGGAGCCACUCUUCAAGCUCUCGCCUGCCUAAUCUUUAUCGCCAUAGCGAGGCUGGAUGGCGUCCAGGCUGGCGUUUAUAAGGAGCUAACAACGCCACUGGGCCAUGAGAUCAUGCGGCAUGCCAAGUCCGCGGACAUGCGCUCCUUCAUCGAUCCGCUUGUGAGUCCCUGCGACGACUUCUAUGGCCAUGCCUGCGGGAAGUAUUCCUCCAUAAAUGCAGCAUCCCCGGAGACGGACAAAAGCUUAGGGCAGGCACUCCGUGGCGGAUACCUGAGGCGGGUGCGACAGCUGCUGAACGAGCCCAAGAUGAGCACGGACAGACCCAUGGAGACGCGAGUGAAGUACUUCUACGAGUCGUGCCUGAACACCACGGCACUGAGGAUGAACCAGCGCAGCCAUUUGCUCCAUGUGCUCAGGGAAUUUGGCGGCAUGCCCGUCGUGGAGGGCGACGCCUGGGACGAGUCCAAGUUCGAUGCCAUGGAGAUGAUGGCCACGCUGCUGCGACGCUACGGCAAGAUCACAUUUCUGGGCGUGAGUGUGGGUCCCGAUAUGGCCAACAGCCAGAUCAAUCGUUUGUUCUUGGGCCAAAGGGAUGACCUGGUGCUCAUCAAGGACGAAGUAUCAGUGAAGCUGGUGAGGAAAAUGCGACUGCAGUUGAGGCUGCAGCGGUUGCUGGGCGUCUCGCCAGAGCGUGCCCUGCAGGCGGCCAAUGAGAUCAGCGCCCUGGAGCUGGAGCUGGGACGCAGUGGCAUCGACCAGAAGACGGUGGAUGAUCCGAGAUUGAGGCAACACCUGACCGUGAUCAGCAGCCUGACGGAGACCUACGGAGCGGCACUCAACUUUACGACAUUUGUGAGCCACUGGCUGGGCCACGACUACCAGCUGCCCGUUUACGAGUACGUUCCCGGCUACCUCUGGCAGCUGACCAAGAUCCUCCUGGGCACGCCCAAACGGGUGCUGGCCAACUACAUGCUCUCGAGUCUGCUCGAGGAUUUUGUGGUGGACCAGCCACAGCAGCAACAGCUGCAGCAGGAGGAAUACUGUGCGGAACGGACCACGGAGCUCUUUCCAGCUGUCGUGGACCACAUGGUCUAUCACUCCCUGGAGCAGCAGAGUCCCCACAUGCCCGCCAUCCUACGGCAAUUGUUUCAGGAGCUGAAGGACACCUUCGAGGAGAUGCUGAAUGGAUCCGAACUGGAGUGGCUGGACGAGCAGACGCGCAAUGGGAUGGUGGAGAAGCUCAAGCUGAUGGCCUUCCAGAUAUCUGGCGAGGAGUCGGUGGACUUUGAGGAGCACUACGGCACGCUGGUCAUCAGCUCGGCCGACUACUAUGGCAACAUUCAGCGUCUGCUGGAGGUGCGCGCCCUCAACCUGCGUGAGGAUCUGCAGCGGCCGCAGUCCAAGGCCAUCUUCUACGACGACACAAUCGACUCGCCCUGCUACGUGAGGGAGGCCAAUUUGGUGAUCUUUCCGGCCAGCCACAUGCAGCAUCGCUACUUCUGGGACGAUGUCUACCCGGCGGCCAUUAAAUACGGCACCCUGGGCUUCGACCUCGCCCACGAGAUAGCCCACGCCUUCGACGACUCGAAUGUGCUGUUCGAUGGAAGGGGAAACCUCCGCGACUCGUGGUCCAGCGAGGCCAAGGCGAGCUUCAAGCGACUCAAGCAGUGCCUGGUGGAUCAGUUUGGAGAGCUGCGCUUCGGCAACCAAAAGCUGCCGAGAAGGGAGACGCAGGGCGAGAACAUUGCCGACAAUGUGGGCAUUCGCAUUGCCCUCUCCGCCUACCACAAGUGGCUGCUGGACCACUCAAAGACUGUGGCUGCGGAAGGGGAAGCGCUGCCCCUAAUGUUGCAGACGCCGCAGCAGCUGUUCUUCCUCAGUCUGGCCCAGACCAUGUGCGCGGAUGUGUUGCCGGAGAGACGGCAUGCCCAUGUCAUGACCAGUGUCCAUGCGCCGUCCGAGGUGCGAGUGCGCGCCUUGAUGGCCAACAGUCGAGCCUUUGCCGAGGCCUUUCAGUGCGGCAACAGCACCAAAAUGAAUCCCCCACUCAGAUGCAAGGUGUACUGAUUACUGAUUGACUUGAGUAGUUCCUAAUAGUUCCUAUGAAUUAAUCAUUAAACAAAUAGUUCCGCUUCCGAGCAGCCUCUGAAUCAAA